AUGGACCAAUAUCCCUUCUGCGACGAGAACGCGGUUCACCUGGAGAUGCAUCCCCCUGGAUUUUCCGAAAGCCCCGGGCUGGUCUGCAGCGAGGCUCUCGACCACGAUUUGUGCCUCAAUGCGAAAGACGCGAUGUUUGCCGGGCUGAGCGGCUUGGACGUGGUGCCUGACCUCGCAGCUGCGGAUGCGGCUCUGGAGGCCGAUUUAAACGUGCUCUCUCCGUACCCGGCGAAGGACUGCGACUCUCUUCAGCUCCUCGAUGAGCCUGACUCGCGGCCCUCGCAGCACGAAAGAGGGGAAAAUGGCCAAAUUCGUUACAGCGGGGUUCAAAAUGGCAAAGGCUGUAACUUGCGUGAGGGUGGGACGUGGGUUUCGGUGUUUGCGGAGACCUCGGAAACGCCGCCCCAGAGCUGCGAACCGCGCGAGGUGGAGCGGCUCCGUGGGGCUUUCGUGCUCGUUUUCGUGCAGAGCUGGGGCUUCCCAUGCCGGCGGGCCCCGUCUGCGGGCAGAAGAAAGCGUCCCCUCGGCUCUCGGACCUCGCUGCCGGGCUGCAGCCGCUGCGGGAAGGUGUUCGGCAGUGCCAGCGCUCUCAGCAAACACUGCCUGACUCACAGCCAGAAACGGGAGCACGUCUGCACCGUCUGCAGCAAGGCCUUCAAACGGCCGGACCACCUGAGCGGGCACAUGUUGACGCAUCAGCAAAUAAAGCCUUUCGUGUGCCCGGAACGAGACUGCGAUAAGAGUUACUGCGAUCACCGUUCGCUGCGCCGGCAUUACGAACUGCAGCACAGCUUGAGCGGCUUGAAGGAGGCUCCGAAGGAAAGUGCCAGGGAGGAAUCCCCGCUUCUUCCCGGUCCCUGUAUCCAAGGCGGUGGGAAAUGGGUGGACAGACGGACUGCGCGCUCAGCGCCAGGCUCUUGCUGGCCCAAGAAAGACCUGCUGAGGUGCGUUGUGAGCAGCUUUGCCGAUCAGAAGCUUCCCUCGGCUGUCUCGCCCUCCGCAGAGCACGCCGGCGCUGCCUUGACCGAUUCCUCCCCAGCAAGCCAGGCCUCUUGCCUUGCAUCUAACAGCAGCGGGCUUUCGGAGGCUGCAGGAGACAAUAUAUCGAAGGAUCGCCUCUCUUGCCGAAAGAGUGCCGCUCCGUCCAACAUCUGCGCCAUAGUAAAUCCCGACAACGUGUCUGUGAUUGCGCCGGGCGAGAACGUAGUUGCCAAUUUGACCAGUAGGUCUUUUAUUUCAGAAGACCAGCUCUCCUCGGAGCCUGCAGGACUGCAGUGUUGUCCCAACAGUGCCCUGCCUUGUUUUCCUGCGUUCAGAGGGCAGAAGCCGCCUGCAAACCAGCCGAGCAGUGGCUUUCAGCGGAUAAGAAGCGUGCCGGUUUGUGCUAAACCCCAAAGGAACAGCGUCUGCUUUGCUCACAAGCCGCCCGUCGCGGCGCAGGGUGUUCCAGAGGGCUUAGCUGGACCUUCUUGCAUGUUCUCAGCUGCAUACGCGUGUCCGGAUGCUUUGCCUGUCCCCGUUGCACCUUUUAAAGCCGAAGAGGAUGUGCCGAGCGAGUCGGCCCUCGGUUGUUUUGAGGAAGCCUUUUGGUCGUCGAAAACCCGUGACUCCCACCUGCGGGAGAGCGCCGGGGAGUUGAGUUUUCCAGAGGUUCAGAAGGACGACGGGCUGCAGAGCGAGACCAAGCAGCGCUUCCCGAAAUCCCGGGAGUUUGCUGCGUGCCCGGAGCCGCUGCAGGUGCAGCAGCACCUCUUCCAGGUGCUCACCAAGUCUCAGCAGGCGCUGUCCCACGCCCAGGCUCCGUCCCCGCUGGUGGCUCCCGAGGCCACGCACGUGCCAGCGAACCCCCUCCAAGCGGGGUGCCAGCAGCCCCCUGGCCUCCCAAGCUUCCACAGCCGACUGAGCACGAGGGACCUUCCACGUACCUCCAAAAGACCGUACCCCAGUUCCAGGGCGUUCCGUCGGAUGGGGAGAAACGCGGACCGCAGCCAGGCCCUGCUUUUCAGUCCCCCGGGAAGGAAUACGUGGGAUUAA